UGCGUAUGGUCUGCGCAUCCUGCUAAGAUAAAUUAUACGGAAAUGGAGACGCAUCCUAUCAAGUCUCUCAAUUACCAGGCAUAUAAGGACCAAGAGCAACACAACAAGAGCAAGUCUGCUGUGGUGCGUCUCGUUUAAAAGGCACCAUGUGGAGCGUAUUACUCUUUCUCCUGGUCCAGCCUUUGCACACCGACAGCAUGGUCUGCCCUAACAGCUGCAUGUGCAACCUAGAGGGGGCCGUCAAAUGUGUGGGCAACAUCAGGGACGUGCCCAAAGGCAUGCCCACCAACAUGUACCUACUUCAGCUGAAUGGCACAAACAUGAAGGUUCUGAACGAACAGAGUCUGGCCAUGUUGCCCCUUAUGCUGCGUUUAGGCAUCAGCCACAGCCCCCUGGACACCAUCCACCCUGAGGCCUUCCAUGUGGCCCCGCAGCUCCUCUCCAUCAAGCUGUCAUCCAACGCCCUCUCCAGCCUCCCUUCCCGGGUGUUCAGCCCCUUGGUCAGCCUGGAGCAGCUGCAUCUGGAUGACAAUCGUCUGGAGUCCAUCGCCCUGUUGUUCGAGGGUCUGGCCAACCUGCACGAACUGGACGUCAGUAACAACGCCAUCGCUCACCUCGCCCCCAAUGUUUUCCACGGACUGAGUAGCCUGCGCUAUCUCAACCUGGGGAGAAACUCCCUGCAGCAGCUGCCCCCCACCUUGUUCCACUCAUUGACGCGGUUGCAGUUCCUCAUGCUCUACAACAACAAGCUAGAGCGGCUGGAGGUGGGUGCCUUCGACGAGCUGGCCAACCUCCUGGAGCUCAAACUGCACAACAACCAGAUCGCAUACAUCCCCCCCGAGGUGUUCUGGGCCCUAGGCAACCUCAUGACACUCACCAUGUCCUCCAACCUUCUCCAGGGUGUCCCGAAUGAAAGCUUCUACCACCUUCCCAAACUCACCAAGCUCACUAUCUACAAAAACCCUCUGCUGUCACUGCCUGAUAAGUUGAUGGGCCAAAUGCCCAGGAUGAAGGAAUUCUACCUGUAUGACACCAACCUCAGCACCGUGCCCUGGAGCCUGUUUGCCAACAUGAGCGGGAUGGAGAGGCUCUCCCUGCACCUCAACAACAAGCUGAGGGAGCUGCCCCCUGACCUUUUUUGCUGCCUGCCCAACCUCCAGAAGCUUUCUCUCAAGUCCAAUGACAUCCAGGAUCUACAUCCAGAUAUCUUCUCCAAGCUGGCCAAUAUGAACACUCUGCUCCUGAAUGAUAACAAGCUUCGCUCCCUUUCUGAGGACAUAUUUAAGGGCAACCCCAGUUUGGCCAGCAUCGAGCUGAAGAACAACCAGCUGCGGACCCUUCCGGGGGAGGUCUUCUCUACUGCAGGGGGUUUAAGGGUUGUUACUCUGAGUGGCAACCCAUGGGACUGCAGGUGUGGCAUCAGAGACAUUGCAAGUUGGAUAAAGCUUAAUGAAGGCGUGGUUAGUGAUCGGACGGAUGUGAUAUGUCGUAAUCCGUACCCUCUACUUCUCCGCCCACUUGGUUCCCUACUCGACGAAGAGUUUAAGUGUGACCUUACCACACCCUCGAGCAGCCGCUCCACCCGCUCUUCGGUUGAACUCAGCCAUGCCGUUUCCACUACAGCUCUUGAGGAGCAAGAGGUGGUAGACUUCACAGCCACAACUACUGCACCCGAGGCUCCAUCAACCCAACAAACAGAAAAUCCUACUGAGAGUGUCCGGUUCACCACACCUGGGACUAGGCGCACAACAACUGCCACACCGACCGCCGACGUUCUCGACAUUCUUGACGACGACUAUAUAUUCAAGCCUAUGGGCACCGAAUCGCUCCCUGUCCAUGUCCUAUCCCCGCCCUUCCACGACAGGCUGGUGUUUGAGAACGGGCUCGAGUUUGUGCACAACAACCGCCUAAAGGGCUGGGUUUACCUGUGGACGCUGCCACCCAAUGGGGCUUACGUUGGUUUCCUCAUGGCUCUCCACAUCCUUCUAGUGGCCACAGGCGUGGCCCUGAUUCUGGCUGCCAUGUACGGGAUGUACCGUCUCCACCAGGCCACGGAAGACCUAGGAGCAAUACUCACAAACAGGAAACACGCCAUCAUAUCAGAGAGGAAGCAGAAAGACCAAGAUAAACUGUAGCUUCACCAAAUGCGAAGAUGCAGUACAGUAUGUGUCGAGAGUAUCAUUGUGGUGAAAGAGUUUUCUAAAGAAUAGCGGAACAAGACCUUGGGAAACCUGUCAAUGUAAAGCACAAGCCAACGCUGUCUGCAUUAUUUGAAGUUCGUUAGCAUUAGAAGAGUGUAACUGAGAAUUUAUUCAUUAGGCAUAUCUCGUCUCCUCCCAGUGGUAGGAGCUUUAAACAACAGGGACAAAGAAUGAUCCUCUCACAACAUUGGUCCAAAGAGCCAGACCGUUAUGGAGUUAGGCUAGCUCUUUUUUUAUUAUUAUUGUGAAAAUAACGGAUGAUGACUACGCGGACCGAGCGAACAAUUUCUCAAUUCUAUUGGGUGAACCAUAUGUUCACUAAGCUGUGGGUAAAAUUCACCUCUGGAGGACAAGCUAAGCAACCUUGUCUUACUCCUAAGAGUUUUCCAGUCAAUUAAUGGCCAUAUGGUGACAGUACGCAUUCUUUCAGCGAUACAACGAUUGGCAACAUCUAACCAGUGGAAAAUAACGUUGUCAUGGCUUAUUAGUUAGAUAGAGGUCAUACUGUUUCUGCAGCUGGGGAAAGAAAGCCGAACCGCAUGAAUAGAAAUGUCCUGAUGUCAUAAAAUGAUCUUAUUCCUGUCUUUCCCACUAGCAGCUAUGAGUGAUCCUAAUAUGCCUGUAUAUUUUACACACGCACGCACACACACACAUAAGUGAGGUACUGAUAUCUUACUAUUUAACUGCUCAGAGACAUCUUGGUAGGCCGACAGGUGUGAAUGAUGAAUAUUAGGGGACUUUUGGAUGACCCCCACAAAUCACAAGACCAAUUGUAGUCAUUUAAAUGUAUUAAACACAUUGAAAAAAAGCAGACAAGGGGACAUGAGCUUCAUGUAUUGUAGGUGAGCCGAUGCUUUUCUUUUGACUCACGGGACACGACGGACAGAUACGAUGAGGCUCCUAUCUCAGUCCUAAAAAAUGGGAAGCUCAAGUACACCAUUUGUCAAUAUCAUAGUGUAGUAAGACAUUUUUCGUUGGGAAAUGUUCAUUGCAAUGUUCCUUCCAAAACACAAACAAGCAUCCACAUGAAACACUGUUUAAGGCAUUGGUAUUCAUGUAUCACCAUGUACAAAGUUGCCUAUAAAUCAUUUGUUUUAUCCCA